AUGAAAGAAGGCACUUCAGUUAUCAAGCAUAUCAACAAGUUGAAUUCGAUCUUAGCCAGACUAUUGUCAGUGGGCAUUAAGUUCGAUGAUGAAGUUCAAGCUUUACUACUGCUAUCGUCUUUACUUGAUAGUUGGUCCGGAACGGUUACAGCAGUUACCGGUUCAGUGGGACCUGAUGGAUUCACCUUUGAUCAGAUUCGAGAUCUCGUUCUUGGCGAGGAUGUCAGAAGAAAGAGUUCGGGGGAGUCAUCUGGUGAAUUGCUUCAUGUUGGCAGAGGCAGAAGAAAUAGCAGAGGUAGUGGGAGCAAGAACAGACAAAGGAGUCAGUCGAAGACUCGUGAAAGCUCAGGUGUAACGUGCUGGAAGUGCAAGGAGGUGGGGCAUUAUAGGAAUCAAUGCCCGAAUGACAAGAAAGUGAACAUUGCUGAAGGCUCUACGAGUGACGAGGAGGUCACUUUGACUUGCUGUGAGGAAAGCAAUGUGGAUUCCUGGGUCAUGGAUUCUGGUGCUUCAUUUCAUGCUACCCACAGCGGUGAAGCAUUGCAGAAUCUAGUUGUUGGAGAUUUUGGAAAGGUACGACUAGCAGACGACAGAGCUCUUGAGGUGACGGGCAUGGGUGACAUGGUGUUGAAGACCUCAGUCGGUCUCUCGACUUUGAAGGAUGUUAGAGUGGUUCCAGCCUUGAAGAAAAGUUUGAUUUCUGUCCGGCAGUUGGACGAACAGGGACACGAGGUUAAGUUCAGAGAUGGGCAGUGGAAGGUCGUGAAGGGAAAUCUUGUCAUGGCCCGCGGAAGGAAGAGUGGUUCGUUGUAUUUGGUCGAGUUACCAUAUGAGGGAGUGACCGCCCCAGUUCAGAAGAGAAACAAAGUCCGGUUCACAGAGUCUCGUGGGCAGAAUAAGGUUGUCUAUGCAAGAGAGAAACCUAGAGCCACAGGUCAGACUCAGGAUGAACGAGCGUGGAAAGGUUCAAGGGGGCCAGUCAGAGGUAUUUGUGGCAGUGGGAGCUCAAGAGGCGCUUCAACCAAGUUGCCUAGAAGACAGUGGGUCAGGAGAACCAGUAUUCCAGCUGUUAGAACAUCUCCAGAAAAUUUCUUGCUGAGUAUGGAGAGUGUUUGUUCUCAGGAUGUUCCAGGAUCCGGCAGUGUGCAUCUACAGUGGGAGCUGGUAGGGACCGAGGACGAGUCAGGGGCAGAUUUUGCCGUGACUGAUGUGUUGUAGCUUGGGAGAGCUUCAACGGGCCUUUCAGUUGUCUGAUGAUAGGGCCGCUGCAACAGGAGAGCUGAGGAAGAUUACUCGAUGUACAGGGAAUCGUGGUGGAUGGCAGUUGAUGACUAUCAAGCCACCAAGUGGGAGAAUGUUGGGUUUGUGGAGGCUUGGGCUUGACUUUUGGCCCGGCCCAUUUUACGAAACCCUAGAUGCACUCUUCCUAUAUAUAUUGCAUACUUGUACUUGUAAUCGACACCACAAGUGAAAUAAGAAAAUCCUCCUGUUGCAGCCGUGGAUUAGGGAAACCGAA